UUGUUUCUCCAUACUCCUUUUCUAUUUAUCAAUUAUCAUCUCCAACCAUCCGAUCUCCUCUCUCUGUUCUUCCAUCUUAUGCCUUCAAAUUUAUCAAUCGGCAAAUACUCAGCACGUAGGAUCUCCAAUCAACAUGAAAUCUCUAUUGAAUUGUCUCGUAAAGAUGGUAAGUUAAGAACUCAUGGUAGAUCCUUCGAUGAUGGUCUUGCUGGAAAAUUUUCAGGUCAGUAUUUAAAAGCAUGCAGUUCAAUAGUUCCCCUUGAAACUAAUUUCUGUUUGAAUGCAGGUACUAGUAAUGAUAAUGGAGGGUCAAGGUCCGUGGAUUUUGAGAUGAGUGAUCCUGCAGCUUCAAAAGUCACUGUCACAUGGGAUUCCAUGUCCAUCGGGUAUCAAUCCCUUGUUUUUUUCUCUUCGCUAAACCAUAAAUUCAAUGCGUUUGCUCGUCUCAAUGACUUUCUUUCCCAAAGUGAUUCUUUCGACGCCUCCCUUAUCCUUCAAUUUGCCACUCUUCUUGACCCUACAACCUGUUAUUGUCUUUUUAAAGGAAAUGUUUCUUUCAUUAGCUCUGUUUUCGUGUGACACACUUUCCUUCUCAGCCUCAAGGCAUGUGCUGAUAAUUUGAAUGUUUAGAAGAAUAUGGAGAUUCAUGGGUUUUUAUUUAAACUUGAUUUUGAUUUGGAUGUCUGUGUGGUAACACCCUUUUGCUUUCAAUGAUAAUUAUGGGAGUUUGAGGAAUAUUUAGAGGGUGUUUGGUGAAAUGUUUGGAACAGAUGCUGUGACAUGGAAUAUAUUCCUUGGAGUGUUUUCAGAUAAUGGGUUUUACGUGGAGGCUAUUGAUAUGUUUCGUGCAGUGAAUGAGGUCUGGAUCAAAGUUGAACAUGGUGUGCUGUGAGUGUGUUGCCAGUAUGUACUGGGCUUGAAGAUGAGUUAAUGGCAGAGCAAAAAUCCAACCAAACCCAUAGUACUAAAAAUGAAGCUAAAGGUCCUUCGAUAUCAAGCAGCAACGCCGGAGGCACAAGGCUCCGUUGUUGGACAAAAAGAACAUCGACAACAAGAGAUUCCCUUUUGUUUGUGUUCAUGGGUUGAUUUUUUUUUUUUUUUUUUUGAGUUUGGUGGUUUUAUUAGAUAUUUCAAUAGAAAUUCUGAAAUUUACUGAAAAAAUUAUAAGAAAUUUGUUCAUGGUUAAUAAAAUUAUUUAUUAUGAUUUA